AUGAGCCUUAGUGACCACGAAUUAGACCAAUCAAAAGGAGAACAUUUUCCCGAAUUUUUAUCUAAUGGCAGUAACAGCCAUGAUCCCAGUAAUCCCAACAUUAAAGACGAUCCAGACACUUUAGUAGAUCCAUCAGCCAACAAUAAUACUAACCAUAAUCUUCAUAAUCAUAAUAAUCACCAUCUUCAUAACGCUGUUGCUCAAAUAGAGCAUAAUAACAACAAUGUUAACAAUGAUGGUCAUAGUGACAGCAGUGGUGCCAAUAAUGUUCACAAUCUCAAUAAUAACACUAUUGCUGCCGUUGCUGCUGCUACCAACAAUGGAAAUAUUGCUAUAACAGAAGCCAUGUUUAACUCCUUUUUAAUUCAAAUUUCGCAGAGGCAGGUGCCAAAUGUUUUGGCACAACAAACACCAGCCGUUACUAGUGCUGUUUCAUCAGCUGCUUUGAAUGCUAUCAAACAUCAGCAGCAGAAUUAUUCAACUACGGUAGCCGCCAAUAACAACUCUAGGCAAUUUCACUCUAAUGCUCCUCAAUACUUGGAUCCUACAAACCAAGCUUUUAUGCAGCAAAGUAAGUUUUUAAACAAGUCUAGCAGAAAAAGCCAAGCAGCUGCUGCCGCUUCCGUCGAGCCUGUCAAAAAACUAUCUAUAUCUCAACAAAGAGUAGAAAAAAGGAAACAAUUAAUUAAAAUGGGCCCAAAAAGACCCUCUUCCGCUUACUUUUUAUAUUACCAAGGUAUUAGAGAAACAUUAAAAAAAGAACAUCCGCAAUUGAAGGUUCCAGAUUUGUCGAAGUUGGCUGCCGAGAAAUGGAAAGCUAUGAACGAAGAUGAAAAAAAGCCAUUUCAAGACAAAGUGGCCGACCAAUGGAUUUCUUAUAGAGCUCAAAAAAAGUUGUAUGAAGCUGAUUUACCGCCAAAGAAGCCAUCUGGUCCAUUUGUCCAGUUUCACAAAGAUAUUAAACAAGAAUUGUUGAAAGAGCACCCCGGUAAAAAUCUAUUGGAAUUAACUAAAUUUGCUUCUGUUAAAUGGAAGGAAACUUCUGAGGAAACUAGAAAGAAAUACACUGAAUCUUAUAAGGAACAAAUGAAAAAAUGGAAAGAUGCACACGAUGAAUACGAAAAGAAUCACCCAGAAACUAGUUGA